AUAAUUCCUUUGGCGUUCGACGGCACUAUAAAUAAACACUCAAACAUGCUCCUCAAUGCUCAUCUAUCACUCCUUACCAGAAACAUCCUUACUUUCCUCAUCGCAAGAACCUUCCAAGUCCUAACAACCACAAUACCCGCCAAUGGCCACCUGCCUUACUUCACCGCCAACCAAACCCUUCCCCAAUUCGCCCUCGACUUCGCACCACUAGUCUAUCUGCAUUCCGAUGAGGUCUUCUGGCCAUCUGACUUGAACCAACACUUUGAUAAUGUCCAGCCUCAGAUUAACUUCACCACCCUUGAAAGCUAUCUAGUAUCUGCUCAAACUACUCAGGAUUUUCUCGGCUCUAAUAAUCUGCAAUCUAUCGAGCCCACCCAACAAGAAAUCACCUAUCUCAGCUCAAAACAACCAAUCUUCGACCUCGAUAAGGCUUCAUGGCUUCGAGGUGUGGGGCCACCUGAUCAGAGUGGUAGAUCGGCCGCCGCUAGCAUUAUCAUUGCAGUUGACAAAACCCAACAAGUUGGACCCGGCUGGGUGGAUGUGUUUUAUUUAUUUUUUUAUUCAUAUAAUCGUGGAAACUACUUCUACAAUAAUCGGUUUGGGGAUCAUGUUGCAGAUUGGGAAAAUACUAUGAUCAGAUUCAAGGAUGGCAAGCCGAUGUACGUUACACCUGAGGCACACGGCGGCCAGGUGAUGCUCGGUAACUCGGCGUUCAAAUACGAAGUGCUUGAGCGGGUCAAUGGACGACCAGUAGUGUACUCAGCCAAUGGCACCCACGGGAUGUACCCACAAGCUGGUCAACAAAACUAUACCGGAUUGCCCGUGGCGAUUUACGAUGUCACCGACCGGGGACACCUUUGGGACCCUAAAAUGAACUACAAGUCUUUCUUCUUCUCCAAUGAGAACGGCUUCUCGUAUACGGCCGAUACGCCCGUCGAGCAACAAGACCCCCAAAAGCUGGGCUGGUUGAAGUUCUUGGGAUAUUGGGGUGACCAGAAACUCGAACCUUCGAAUCCGCAUCAAACUUGCAUCGGGCCAAUGUGCUUCUACGAAGGCGGACCGCUCGGACCGCAGUCGAAAUCAUUGUCACGAGGCUGGAUUUGUGGGAGUUCAGAUUGUAAACCAGAAUCAAGCUUGCCAACAAUCCUACGCCCGGGCGGCCAACGAUAUAAUUCUCCCUAUAGUAGCAGUUCGACCACCCGGUCACAGUACUCAUUCUCCGGGCUCAUUCUCCGAUCGCUAAUCUCUUAUGUCGCCAUUCACAUCUUAUUCUUUCACACCUUAUGAGCAUUAAAUUCAUCGCAUACCCCCCCUUCCACCGCUACAUAUCAUGUAACAUAAUCAUCUCUGAGGUGAUCAGAUUUUUUUUUUUUUUUUUUUUUUUUUUGGCUUUCC